AUGGUCCUAGCUUUAGAGGAAAUGAGCAAAUCUCACACUGGACUCGUGAAAACCUUAGAAACAAGAUUCUUAAAAGGUUUGGAAUCACUUCAAAGUACAGUUAGUACUCUUUCUUUAGCCGUUGAAAACUUGAACAGCCAGUACAGUAAAAUGUCAACAACACCAAAUAAAUCAAAAAGUCCUGAAAAUGAAAUUAACUCAAUAAAAAACAAGCUUAAGAAAUCAGAUGAAAUCAAGAAUGAACUUCAAGUUAAAAUCGCAAAUCAACAACUUGAAUUAGAAACUAAAGAAGCCCAACUGAAGAAUGAAAAAAUCAUGCACAAUACAUGCAAACAACAACUCCUUGACUUGUUGGAAGCAAACAAAUCAGAAAGCUCAACAUUAGUGGAAAAACUAAAAACAAAAAAUGAAGAGUUACUCAACAUGGAAAAUGAGAACAAAAUCCUCAAAGAAAAAAACGAGGCACUUUUUAAGGAGAUUCUUGGUUUGAAAAUGCACUGGAUGAAAAGUCUAGUUUCCGCAAAACUGAAACUAUGCGGAAACCUUGCUGAAACUUGGCGUUGA